GAUACAGAAUCGCAUCUAUCGUUGGGGUAUGCGACUGAAAGUAUAUAACGAGAAGGCGUUGUUGGGUCGUCGAAGUCCUCGCGAGAGGGAACCGCUAAUGAAUGGCAAGGGCUCAGAAUUCGAUAUUGAGUCGCAGUUUCGCUAGAUUGUCUCAAUGGCCAGUUGUCGCCCUUAUAGUAAAGUAUGCGUCGUCCUUGACGGAGCCGAACGAACACGUCAACGAGCAGCUUGGGCCAGCACGGACAAGGCACACAGAUGCGAUGCUCGAAGCUUGCGUGGAGGGUUGUUUGUGUCGAUUUUUUAUGCAAUCGCAGGUGAUGCGGUCUUUACAUCACUCGUCGAACACACGCAAUCGAAAUCACGAAGCCCGUUACCAGUAGUAGUCGAUGUCGCAUUUGCAGGUCGUUGGCCUCAUUGCGAAACUGAAUACCGUCAUCCAACUAACAAGGUAAGCCUGCGACGUUUACGCUGACUAACGUCACGAUAUGGAUAUAUCCAUAUUUGAUUAAAAGGGCCGCUAAC